AGUUAGCAGGGGUUCACAGCGUCGUUGCACAGAUUGCGCGUCACUUCGCCGUGUUCCCCGGCUAGCGGAGCAGUAGACGGUCAUUUGUGAACAUUUGCUAAUGGAUACGCGGUAUCGUUUGAUACGUGAUUUGUUCGCGGCAUUUCGUCCCAUUGAAGCCUAAACUGGCUUGAGCUCGACGAUAUCGAAUCGACGACUGACUACUUUGACAGUAUCAAAUAGGAGAAACGUGACAGCGCGAGCGGGACUUUCGCCUAACCUAUACAAUAUCCUCACUGGACGAGCCAAAAGUGAUAAUGGAUUCCACCGACGAUCCAGUAUCUUCAGAGGAUAUUGGUAUUGUAUUUCAACCAGAAACUGUGAGUAACUCUGAGAAUAAAGGUGAUACUGAAAGCUGUAUUGAAAAAGUUGUAGAAAAUAAGGAAUCUGAACAAUCACAGUUUGAUAAAGAUAUUUUAGAAGUGCUUGAUGAAACAAAAAAACUAAUUAAAGAAACUACAAUAGCCUAUGAGAAAAACUCAUAUAUAUCAAACGUGGAAGCGAAUGAUUCUAAUACAUGUUUAGAAAUCACUGAGGAAUACAAUACAGAAAUUGAAGCAGCAGUUAAAGUAACAUUAUCUGAAGACAGUAGUGAGGUUGAAAUGAUCAAAGAGAAUAAUGCAAUCGAAACAACUGAAGAAAAUAAUACAGUCGAAACAACCGAAGAAAAUAACACAGUCGAAACAACCGAAGAGAAUAACGCAGUCGAGACAACCGAAGAGAAUAACGCAAUCGAAACAACCGAAGAGAAUAAUGCAGUCGAAACAACUGAAGAGAAUGGCGCAAUCGAAACAACCGAAGAGAAUGGCGCAGUCGAAACAACUGAAGAGAAUGGCGCAGUCGAAAUAACCGAAGAGAAUAACGCAGUCGAGACAACCGAAGAGAGUAACGCAGUCGAGACAACCGAAGAGAGUAACGCAGUCGAGACAACCGAAGAGAGUAACGCAGUCGAAACAACUGAAGAGAGUAACGCAGUCAAAACAGCCGAAGAGAAUAACGCAGUUGUAACAACCGAAAAGAAUAACGCAGUUAAGACAACCGAAGAGAGUAACGUAGUCGAAACAACCGAAGAAAAUAACGCAAUCGAAACAAUUGAAAAGAGUAACGCAAUCGAAACAAUCGAAAAGAGUAAUGCAGUCGAACCGAUAGAAGAAAGUAACGUAGUUGAAACAAUCGAAGAAACUAAUGCAGUUGAAACAAUGGAAGAGAAUAACACAGAAACAACUGAAGAGAAUGUUGCAAUUGAAAGUUUCUGUAAAGAAAACGAAGCGAUUCAUGUAGUUGCGGAAACGACAGAACUAGAUAUAUCCAAUUUAACCGAUAUAUGUGACCCAGAGAUUUCAUUAGCUCUCAAUGACUCUUGCAAAGUUCAAAAUGAUACUGUAAAUGAUAAUAGGAAAUCUGCUAAUGAUGUUGCAGACGAAUCUGAAACAUCGUCUAAAGAAAAUACUAAAGAUUGUGAUAUCCCAGAUGAAUCAAGUAAUAAUGCUGAUGACGUGCAAGUGUUACAGACUGAAGCUGUAUUGGAGAAAAAAGUGGAAUCGGAAUCUUCAGACAGUAAUCUAGAAAAUUCUGAAAAGGAUGUGUCCGAAAAGAACAUUGAGCCCGAAAACACAGAGUUUAUACAAUUCCCUCAUGACAAACAGGACGAUUCUCAGAUUGAGGGCCAGUCUAUGGACGCGGAGGAUCCAUUUGGCGGUGACAAUCUUACAUCUGAAAACGUGGAACAGGCGGAAACCGACAGUCUCGAGAACGGGCUCAGUUUUAAAAAGAUAUAUGAACAAGGCAAUAAUUUGCAGGACGCGGUAAAUGCUAGAAAUAAUGACUGUAAUGAGAAACUUAGUGCCGAUUCUGCGUUAAAUGAUCCAAAGGAUACUGAUGAUGCUAUCGAUAAAGAUAUGGAUAAUAUUGCUGAAACAUCAAAUAAUGUACAAACUACCAUUGAUACUCUCGAAAAUAUUUCAAUGGACAUUGAUCUUCCGGGCACUAGUACGUCAGAAACCGGAGCGGGAAAUAUGUCCUCUACGAAAUCACACGAUGGACAAGAUGGGCAGGCGAAAAAAAAUAUCGAAGAAAUUACACCGAUGGAAACAGACGAGGAGCAGACCGAUGUAUUACCAGGACAAGAUGACGAAUUAUGUAUCAUUCCAGAUAGCAUGAAAGUAAUAAUACCAAAUAAGUCUGGUAAAACAAUAGACGACGAUCAAAGCGAAUCUGUAGUUCCUAAAGAUUCGGAAUGCGAGGAAACAACACAGAAAAGUAGCAAAACUAAUUCCGAGCCUCAAAAAGAUAUUUCACAAAAUGAAUUAGUAACUUCAAAUGAAAAUGAAGCAGAAAGUACCGUAAAGCAAAAAGCAACUGUUCCAGAUAAGUCAGCAACAAAAAAUUUAAUUCCAGCAACGGAUGUUAUUAAUAUUGAUGAUGAAAAAACUUCAGAAGUGGAAGAGAUUGGUAGUAAAGAGACAUGUAAGCAAUGUGGUGAAGAAAGAGCAUGCAAAAUUCAGGUGAAAUUUGGUACAGACAAUUAUCUUGUAUGUUCGAAAACGUGUAAGGCAUUAUUUAAAGCAGCUAAUAGUAAAGUAAUCAAUAUACUAACCGAAGACACCAGCUCUAAACGAGAGAAGCGUUGUGCGUCUUGCUUAUUAAAUAUAGAUGCAAAGGACGAGCGAAAUCUUUCCUGGGAAACAAUGGAGUUCUGUAAUGAGGAAUGUUUAGGAAAGUUCCAAAGAAAGUAUGGAAGCUUCUGUAAAAAUUGUAACGGUACAGUUCAAGCCGUGAGUUUAGGGAAAUACUGUGUGAGAUUUGGAUGUGACGUAAGGCAGUUUUGUUGCUCGACAUGUUUAGAGGAAUUCAAAAAGGGUUUAAAAGUGUGUAGUUACUGUCAGAAAGACAUAAGUUUUAGCACAGACGGUUUUCUUGCACCAGUAGGAGAGAAAGGGCAGUUUAAAGACUUUUGUACCCAGGACUGUAUGGAAAAAUAUUCGAAAUUGAAUUCUACGGAGCCACCAGCUACAGAGAAAAAGCCAUGCAGUGUCUGUAAGGAGGAAAAGCUUGUACACUGCGAAGUUCAAAUAUACAAUAGUACUCCAGUAGCUAUAUGUAGCGAACCUUGCUUUGCUGCAUUUAAGUUUGUGAAACAAGUCAAACCUGAACAAUGCUCUACCUGCAAAAAAUUUUUUGAAUUACCUAAUAAACAACAUUUUAUUGUGUUUUAUGAGAAUGAACCUCAUACGUUUUGUAACAAGACGUGUUUAAAUAUAUUUAUCAUAACAAAUAGGAAGAUAGUUCCAUGUAAUUGGUGCAAAGUAAAGAAAUAUAACUUUGAUAUGAUUAAAAAGGAAUUGUCAAAAACGGGACAAACCCUGAUGAUGUGCAGCUUAAAUUGUUUAACGUUAUAUCAGGUUUCCAUCAAUGCAGUAUCUGCAAAACGAAUUAACUGUGAUUUAUGUAAAGAGUAUUCUUUAGCGCAUUAUCAUUUGACAAUGUCGGAUGCGACAAUACGUAAUUUUUGUUCGUACAAUUGCGUCAUGAAUUUUCAAGCACAAUACACUAAGUCCCCUAUAACUAUACCGUCGAGCGAUGAUCCCGUGCCUACAGGCUUGCCCAAAAGGACUACAUUACCACAGAGAAGUACGAAUCAAAUUAUUUCCAACGAGAUACAAAAUAAGAAAACCAUGCCCGUUAUUUCUUCCGUAACGAGCUUAGCUACAAUAGGGAAUGGACCAGCAAGUCCGACGCCGCAGCAAAAUAGUGUGGUAAUGCCUGCGAACGCGAGUCAAACAACACAGAUGGUAUGCAAGAAACAAGUGAUUACCAGGCCACCUAGUCCAGUGAAAGUGCAUAACAAGAGUACGCAGUGCAAGCCUAUAGUACAUACAAAAGGGGUUUAUGUGCGUCCUCAUCCUUGCACAAAGGCGACACAAACGACGGAAAACGUUCAACAGGUGGUCAUACCCAUACCAGUUCCAAUUUAUGUUCCGUUUCCAAUGCAUAUGUAUAGUAUGCCUUUCCCAGUUCCAAUGCCUUUUCCUCUACCCAUUCCUGUUCCCUUAUUCAUACCUACUACGAGAAACAGUGCUAAGGGAAUUAUGAAAGAUAUGAAGAAAAUACAAGAAAAAAUACCAGCAGAUCCGUACGAAGCCGAACUCCUUAUGAUGGCCGAAAUGGUAGCUACCGAAAAAAAGGCCAACGACAGUGAUUCGGAUUCAGUAGACGAUAGGGAAGAUGACACAGCUGAUCAAGACAAUUUACAUAGUGAUGGUUUCAGUCCAGAAGCAGUUGAUUCCAAUAACGCCUUUGGAGACGACAUGUUACAAAUGGCGUUAAAAAUGGCCACGGGAGAAAUAGAUGAGCCAGCAGUCGAUUUGGAAGCUGCCUUGACGCCGAAUACGAUUACAGCUACGCAGGCACCACCAGAAAACGCUUUGGACAACGAUGUACAAUCGGAACGACUAAUGGUUACCUCUAGAGGAAGAAAACGUGUUGUUCCAUACAAACCUCGAUCAACACCAGCCAAACGGAUGAGACGUGUCUCUGGUACAAAUGAUAUGCCAUUGAUGCCACCGCCGGAAUCACAGCCACCUCCGCAGCCACGCAUUAUGGAACCAAUAGAAAAACCUGAUGCUAAUAUGGCGUUAAAAUAUACAUUUGGUGUAAAUGCAUGGAGACAAUGGGUUGUGGGAAAGAAUGCCGAAUUAGAAAAACAAAUUACAACGACGAGAAAGAUAAAGUUGUUCAAGACAGAUCUCUUACAACUUACUGCGGACGAGUUAAAUUAUUCACUAUGCCUCUUUGUGAAGGAAGUGAGAAAACCGAAUGGUGCAGAAUAUGCUCCCGAUACAAUAUAUUAUCUUUGCUUAGGAAUACAGCAAUAUCUAUUUGAAAAUCACAGGAUUGAUAACAUAUUCACGGAUCCGUACUAUGAGAAAUUUACAGAUUGCCUAAACGAGGUAGCGAAAAAGUUCUCUGUACUGUACAAUGAUGCACAAUACAUCGUGACCAGGGUAGAAGAGGAACAUUUAUGGGAAUGUAAACAAUUGGGUGCCCAUUCUCCACACGUUCUGUUAAGCACGCUCAUGUUUUUUAAUACGAAACAUUUUAAUCUUGUGACGGUAGAAGAGCAUAUGCAACUUUCCUUUUCUCAUAUUAUGAAGCAUUGGAAGCGCAAUCCAGCAGCUCAACCCCCCACGGCAGUGGCAGGAAAAGUUCCUGGCUCAAGAAACGUUCUUCUGAGAUUUUAUCCGCCACAAUCAGCUCUUGAAGCUAAUUCACGGAAAAAGAAGGUAUAUGAACAACAAGAAAAUGAGGAGAAUGCAUUGAAAUGCCCUGUUAAGUUAUACGAAUUCUACUUGUCGAAAUGUCCUGAAAGCGUUAAGACGAGAAAUGAUGUCUUCUAUCUAUUGCCAGAACGCAGUUGUGUUCCGGAUAGUCCGGUAUGGUACUCGACAUCGCCCCUUGCGAAGGAACAACUCAUCAAAAUGUUAUAUCGUAUUAAAAUGGUUAAAGAAAUUAAUGUAGCUUUACUAACGAGUUAAUUUAAUCUAUUAAAAAAUGAUCUCUUAUAUAUUGUUAAGGUAGAGUAAGUAAAAAAAAAGCAAAAGAAGGAAGACUUAUCUAUUUUAACACUUUGACACUAUCCAAAAAUCGGAGUUAACUCCGAACUCUGCAGUAU